GGUGGUCCAGACAUUCAGUCCGUGUGUAGCCUACCUCACACGCACACAGCCUCCUCGCAUCAGUUGAAAGAAACCUGACUGCGCGACGGAUGCAGCGCACGAAGCUCCUGGUGUUCCACAUCUUUCAUUUGAAUCAUUUUUUUCGUGUAGGGUGUUUCCCGACACUAUUCUGUUUUGUAAAUGGUUUCUUAAGUGUGAAUACUCAUGGAUCUAUUGCGCAAGAAUAUUCCUCUUAUUCCUCCGCUAUCCCGAUGGCAGAAGCGGGGACAAAGCCGAGGAGCGUACCGGGGAUACUGCUUUAGUGGAAACCAGACCCGUUGUCUGUGAUUGGAAAAAUCGCACGGCUGCUACUUUUCUUUGCGAUUGACGGCAGUCCUUAAACACAGCCGUCAAUAAGGUAUAUGACUUGUCUCUGACCGCCGGCGUCUCAAUGAAGUGGCCCAGCCAUGCAAUGUUCCUGGAAGGCAGUGAUCCUGCUGGCCUUGGCCUCCAUCGCCAUCCAGUACACCGCCAUCCGGACUCUCACCUCCAAGCCCUUCCAGCUCUGCCCCGUGCCAAGCCCCCAGAACUGUGGCCUCCUGGGAGGCCCCGAGACAGAGUCCCCCAUAGAGGGGCGGGCCGGCUGCGACGAGUACCCCUACUUCAGCUUCAACGCCUCCCGUAAGACCCACAUCAUGGUGCUGGCUACAACGCGCAGCGGCUCCUCCUUCGUGGGCCAGCUGCUCAACCAGCAUGCUGACAUCUUCUACCUAUUCGAGCCCCUCUACCAUGUCCAGACCACUCUGAUCCCUCGGCUAUCUCACAGCCGCAACGCAGCCGACCGCAGGGUGAUGCUGGGUGCCAGUCGCGAUCUCCUGCGGAGCCUCUACGGCUGUGACCUCUACUUCCUAGAGAGUUACAUUAAGCCGGCGCCGGCCAACCACACCACGGACAAGCUGUUCCGUAGAGGGGCCAGCCGGGCGCUAUGCUCGCUGCCCGUGUGUGAUGCCUUUGGACCCACCGACGCCAAUGUAGAGGAGGGUGACUGCGUCAAGAAGUGUGCCUCCCUCAACAUGACCCUGGCGGCCGAUGCCUGCCGCGAGAAGCGCCAUGUGGCGAUCAAGGUUGUGCGUGUGCCGGAGAUCGGGGACCUGCGGGCGCUGGUGGAGGAUCCUCGGCUGAACAUCAAGGUUAUCCAGUUGGUGCGCGACCCUCGCGGGAUCCUGUCGUCGCGGAUCGAGACUUUCCGGGACACCUACCGUCUGUGGAGGAUCUGGAGGGCCACAGGGCGGAGGCCCUACAACCUGGACCUCAGCCAGCUGACGGUGGUUUGUGAGGACUUCCUCGGCUCUGUGUCCACAGGACUCAGCCACCCCCACUGGCUCAAAGGGAAGUAUAUGCUGGUGCGUUACGAGGAUCUGUCCAGGAACCCUCUGCUGAAGACCAUGGAGAUAUAUGACUUCCUGGGUCUGCCGAUGGACAAGAGUGUGGAGGAAUGGAUACAGACCAACACUAGGGGCAGCACCGAGCUGUCGGCUAAACACAAGUACGGUACGGUGAGGGACUCAGCGGCCAACGCCGAGAGCUGGCGCUUGAAACUGUCCUAUGACAUGGUGGAGUACACGCAGGCCACGUGUCACAAGGUUCUACAUCAGCUGGGCUAUAAGGCAGUAAAGUCAGCUGAGGAACUGAAAAACAUGUCACUCUCACUCGUGCAGGACAAAACUUUUGUACCUUUUUCCUAACAAAGAUAGUUCCCGGAUGACUAUUUUUUUUAUAUAUUUAUAAAUGUUGCCUUAUAAUUUUCAUGGGUUAUGUUUGUGUUUUUGUCUUUGAUUUCAAAUUUGCACUACAACUUAAGAAUUCUUAAAGUCAUCUAAGGGUGGGAGUUCACUUGUUGGUUUAGGAACAGCACAAAAUGUUUGAUUUAAAGAAAAAGAAACUAGAGAUAAACACCAGUUUACAAAUGUAAAUUCAACUCCCGAGGAUUUCAUAAUGAAGACCAUUGACUUUUACUUUCAGCCGUCUGAACUAAAUGCAAAGCACCGUCCUCAUAGAUUCCCUGUAUGCCAGCUGUUGCAUCAACACACACAGUGAAUGUUGCCAUUCUCUCUAAGGGGUGACUGAGUCCGCGUUGCAGGAGGACAACAGACUUUUAUAGGACUGGACAAGACCAACUGUGCAAUAAAUAGUGAAUGUUGCACUCAA